AUGUCCCGCUCAUUAUUAAUAAAUCUGGGGAAUAUAAAUCGAAUUAAACCGCUAUACACAAUAUCAUGUUGUUACUUAACCUCAACAGCACCUACGAUAUCAAGGAAAAUAUUUUCCAAACCCAAUCAACCGAAUAUUGUUCUCGUGGAUGCGGUACGUACACCAUUUUUACAAUCGAGAACGAUGUUUAAGAAUAUGAUGGCUAUGGAUUUGCAGCGAGCUGCUCUUCUAGCAUUAAUGGAUCGGGCGAAAGUGAAUAUACAUGAUGUGGGGCAUAUUGUGUGUGGUACUGUGAUACAGGAAUAUAAAACGAGUAAUGUGGCACGGGAAGCUGCGUUAAUGGCAGGAUUUUCUAAAAAUAUACCGGCGCAUACAGUUACACUGGCUUGUAUUUCGUCAAAUGUUGCAAUAACUGAUGUUAUGAAUAUGCUUUCGGCAGGUUAUUGUAAUGCGGGUAUCGCUGGUGGCGUUGAAUUACUUUCCGAUGUCCCAAUUCGAUAUAAUCGAAAAGUACGUUCAGCAUUUCUUUCUCUAGAUAAAGCAAAGAAGUUUUCUGACAAGUUGACAGCAAUAAGGAAAAUAGCAUUAAACUUCUUCUCACCUGAAUUACCAGCUGUUGCUGAAUUUACGACUGGUGAAACCAUGGGACAUAGCGGUGAUCGACUAGCUGCAGCAUUUGGCGUAUCUAGACGUGAGCAAGAUGAAUUUGCCAUUCGUUCACAUAUGCUUGCUGACCGUGCUUCGAAAGAGAACCUGCUCUCUGACAUUGUACCAGUUUUUGUACCUGGCAGUAAGCCGAUGGUUGUUCGAAGAGAUAACGGUAUCCGUGUUUCUUCGAUGGAAAAAUUAUCACAGCUGAAACCAGCUUUUGUAAAAUCUCAUGGAACAGUUACUGCUGGCAAUUCUUCGUUCCUCACAGAUGGCGCAUCUGCGUCACUGAUAAUGACGGAAGAUUACGCAAUAAAGAAAGGUUAUAAACCAAAAGCCUAUCUGAGAGAUUUCCAGUAUGUAGCACAAGAUCCAACUGACCAACUUCUUCUGUCACCUGCCUAUGCAAUUCCGAAGCUAAUGGAUAAGGUUGGACUAACGUUAAAAGAUAUUGAUGUUUUCGAAAUCCAUGAAGCUUUUGCUGGACAAAUUCUAGCCAAUUUGAAUGCCAUGGAUUCAGAUUAUUUUUGCAAGGAAAUGUUACAACGACCAACAAAAUAUGGACGUAUAGCAGAGGAGAAGUUGAAUACCUGGGGUGGUAGUCUUUCGCUUGGACAUCCAUUUGGUGCAACAGGCGUACGAUUGGUGUCCCAUGCAGUAAAUAGACUGCAGCACGAAAAAAAACAUCUGGGAAUUGUAGCUGCAUGCGCUGCAGGUGGACAUGGAGUCGCUAUGCUGAUUGAAAAUUAUCCGAAAUAA